CACUUCUUCCUUACACUUUCCUCUUAAACCACAAUGCACAUCAAAAAGAUCGUCAUCCAGGGGUUCAAGACCUACAAAAACACGACCAUCAUCGACCGCUUCUCGCCCACACACAACGUCGUGGUGGGGCGUAACGGGUCGGGGAAGUCCAACUUUUUUGCUGCCAUCCGCUUUGUACUUUCCGAUGCCUACACUCACAUGACUCGCGAGGAGCGCCAAGGGUUGAUCCACGAAGGCUCCGGGACGGUGAUGUCCGCGUAUGUGGAGAUUGUAUUUGACAACGCGGAUCGGCGGUUUCCGAUCGCAAAGGAUGAGGUGGUUAUUCGGCGCACAAUCGGGUUGAAAAAGGACGAUUAUUCGCUUGAUGCGCGCGCGUCGUCUCGUGCGGACGUGAUGAAUUUGUUAGAAAGUGCGGGCUUCUCGCGCUCUAACCCGUACUAUAUCGUACCCCAGGGGCGUAUUACGUCGCUUACGAACUCCAAGGACGCUGAGCGCCUCCAGCUAUUGAAGGAGGUUUCUGGGGCAAACAUCUUUGAGGUGCGGUUGAAGGAAUCCACCAAGGAGAUGGGCAGCUCGAACAAACGCCGCGCAAAAAUUGACGAGAUGUUGAGUUUCAUUGAGGAGCGCUUGCAGGACUUACAGGUGGAGAAGAACGAGUUGAAGAGCUUCCAAGCGUUGGAAAAGGACAAAAAGGUGCACGAGUUUGCGCUCUUCGACCGCGAGUUCUCCGAGUUGAACAACAACAUCGAGGCUCUUGAGAUCAACUACGACGAAUUGUUGCAGGCGUCGACUCAGGACUUGUCUGAGCUUGAAAAGAGGGAGGUUCUUGUGCAAAAGUUGGCGGAAGAUAUUUCUGCCUCGAAGCUCAAACAAAAUGUGCUAAACGUGGACAAGGAGCAGGCGGACGCAGAUAUUAACCAACUUCUCCAGACGAUCGCCGAGAAGGGCGUUGCCGAGAACGAGAUGCAGCGCGCGGUGGCGGCCGAUGAGCGCGACACGCGCAUGGCACAGUCGAGCCUCUCUCAGUUGGAAACCUUAAUCAACGCGCGUGAGACCGCGUUGGCGCAGCAGAAGCCCGAAUUCUCCGCCCUCACCGCUGAGGAGCGCGUGACUUCCCUGCAACUUUCCCUCCUCAAAUCACGUCAGCGGGCGCUUUACUCAAAACAGAGCCGUUUCUCCAACUUCAAAACCAAGGCCGAGCGGGACCAGUGGUUGGAAAGCAAAAUCAGCGUGGUCAAUGAAAAGAUUGCCGUUCGUGAGGAACAUAUCGCGAAGCUAACUGCUAACCAGGCCGCCGCGAAGGCAGAACUUGCCCAAGUAGAGGCCAAGACAGAAGAGCUCGAUCAGGCGCUCAACGGCAGCGACACGCGGCAAGAGAUUACCGCGCUCCAGCAGCGAGUCUCGGCAUUGAAACAGGAGUAUACCGUGUUAGUGGAUGCGCGCAAGGCUUUGUGGCGUGAGGAGGUGCGCGAGAAAUCAAUUUGUGAGUCACUCACUACAGAGGCGAAAAAGGCGCAGCAGCUGGUAGCACAGACGAUGGACCGUGCACAGGCCGCGGGGCUCGCUGCGGUGAAGCGUAUCGCAUCACGUCUCAACCUUGCGGACGCAGUGUACGGCCCCCUUGGCGAGUUGAUCGAGGUAAACGAGAAGUACAAGACGGCAGUGGAGGUGGUUGCGGGAAACUCGCUUUUCCAUAUGGUGGUUGACUCGGAUAAAACCGCACAGAUUCUUAUGGACGAGUUGGUGCGAGAGCACGCGGGGCGUGUGACAUUUAUGCCGUUGAACCGACUCCGGGCGCAGGCUACGGAGUUUCCGCCAUCGAGUGAGGCGGUGCCGUUGAUCCGCAAGCUCGGCUAUGUGCCCGCGGUGGCACGCGCCGUGGAACAGGUGUUUGGCAAGACGGUCGUGUGUGUGUCACUAGAGACUGGUGCCGAGCUUGCGCGCGCACACAAACUCAGUGCGAUCACGUUGGACGGUGAUCGUGCCGACAAGAAGGGGGUAUUGAGCGGGGGGUUCCGCGAUCACCGGCGCUCGCGCAUCGACGCGUUGCGUACCCAGACACGGCGCAACACCGAGCUUGAGACGUGCCGUGCGCGGCUUGCGGAACUUGCAACGCAGAUCACCACGAGUGAUUCGCAGAUCACGCGUGCGAGUAGUGAGUUACAGGCGCAGGAGCAGAUCUUGAACGAAAAGAUCGCCGCGCGUGAGCCACUCGCCGCGCGUAUCCGUGCGGCCAAGAACACCAAGAACACGCUCCACGCGGACUUGGACGCGCUCGCGGUGCGCUUGGAGGCGUUCGCGACUGCCAAGGCAGUGUUGGUAGAACAGGUGCGCCAGCACAUGGAGGAGCGCACGUCGCCGUUCCAGACCGCACUCACGGAGGCGGAGCGCGCGCAGCUCGUGGAGACCAGCAGUGAGAUUGCGCGCCUUGAGGCAAACCUCGACGGUGUUGUUACGAAGCUAGCAACUUUGGAGGCACUGGUGUCAGAGGCAGAGUCGGAGUUGCACGAUAACUUGCUUCCACGACGUGACGAGUUGGUGGCCAAGCUCGUUCGUACAGGUGCCCAGCCGGCGCACGUUGCAACGGAAUUGGCACACGAGUUACAGAUGCUUCAUGCGCGCGUCGAGGAAUUACAGCAGGCGGCAGCCGAGAUGGCGCAAGGGUUGGAGGACACCACCCGUGCGGUCACCGAGCGCGAGAGCCAGUUGGCGCGUGCGAACGACCAGCAAGCGCUCAUUCUCACGAAGCUCGAGAAGUUCCAGAAAACGUCCGAGCACACGUUGGCCAAAAAGUCGCUCUUGACCGCGCGCCGCGACGAGCUCCAGAAGAAGAUCCGCGAGUUGGGGGUCCUUCCGGAGGAGGCGUUCCAGCGCCAUAGCCAAAUGGACGCAGAUAGCUUAUUGCAUAAGUUACACGCCAUCAAUCAGGAGCUUGGAAAAUAUAGCCAUGUGAAUAAGAAGGCGUUGGAGCAAUUUCUCAACUUUACGAAACAGCGCGACACGUUGGUAGAACGGCGAGCGGAAUUGGAGACAUCUAAUGCAGCGAUUGAGGACUUGAUUCACGUUUUAGAGCAGCGCAAGGGUGCGGCGAUCGCACGCACGUUUGCGCUGGUGUCUCAGAGCUUUUCGGAGAUUUUCGAGAAAUUGGUCCCAGCGGGUACCGGGAAGCUUAUAAUGCAGCGCGAGGACGAUGAGAGCGACACGGUCGAUUCGUAUACCGGAGUGGCCAUUUCUGUGUCGUUUAAUUCGAAGAGCGACGAGCAGCAGCGGAUUGAGCAGUUAUCGGGGGGGCAAAAGUCGUUGUGCGCGAUUGCGUUGAUUCUUGCGAUCCAAAAGUGCGACCCUGCGCCGUUCUACCUUUUUGAUGAGAUUGAUGCGAAUCUUGACACACAGUAUAGAACGGCCGUUGCAGCAUUGAUUCAUGAGUUGUCUGCAAACGCACAGUUUAUUUGCACCACUUUCCGCCCGGAAAUGUUGCAGGUCGCGGAUAAAUUUUAUGGAGUGAUGUUUAACAACAAGGUGUCCACGGUGUCGGAGAUUGUCAAGGAGGAGGCGAUGACGUUUAUUGAUGGACAGCAACAAAAAUAAGCCGAGAUGCUGUGCGCUUCAAUUUAUAAUUAAAUGAAGGAUCGAUUUUUUUUUUUGGUUUUUUUUCUUCUUAAAAUCUACAAGAGAUUAGGUAAU